AUGGGCUCCGAGCACAAUCCUAUCAUGAACGAAAUAGGGCCAGACUUCCCAUUCAAGGCCACGCCCAAGGCUGCGCCCCCAACGCUCAAGAUUGAUCAUGACUGCGGCGUCAAAAUCACAACAUCUCCCGCAAUAAACAACCCUCCACUGCCCGCCGAUGGCCCUGGUAACGAGACCUUCUCGAACGGGCUCUUGAUUUCCCUCUUGAUUCUUGUCCCGACCUGCACGGCAUGGAAGUUAGGUGGCGGGUUCAAGACCACGGUGUUAUUCGCCCUCAUCACCACUCUUCCGAUUCUGAUCACCUUCUGGGCCAUCACCUCUGCCACAGCCCUGCGAACGAACGAGAGAGUCAAGUGCCCAGGCCUUCCUGUGGAACACUACUUGACUUUUCAUAAGGAAGAAGAUCGGGUCAAGUACCGAGGACGGAACAAGGUUCCGAUAGAGACGUUCAUGCGCAAAUAUUUCGACGGUGACGCAGACUUCAACGGCGACGUCCUCGAAGUGCUUGAGUACCGUCAUGAUUGGGCGUCUUUCCGUUUCACAUGGGAGCUAUUUCGAUUCAUCGUUGUUAACUUUGCUACCGACGUCCUCAUCCAUAGCCGAUCUCAGGAUGAAGAUCAAGUUCGAGACCACUAUGAUCGUGGUGAUGACUUCUACGCUUGGUUUUUGGGUCCGCGAAUGGUCUAUACAUCCGGCAUCAUUUCCGAUGUGACCAAGGAGGAGUCUCUCGAACAGCUACAGGACAAUAAGCUUGCCAUCGUGUGCGAAAAGACUGCCCUGAAGCCUGGCGAAACCCUGUUGGAUAUUGGUUGCGGUUGGGGUACGCUUGCCAAGUUCGCUAGUGUCAAUUAUGGCGCAAAAGUGACGGGCAUCACUCUUGGGCGUAACCAAACCAAGUGGGGGAACGAGACCCUGCGCAGAGCUGGCGUAUCGGACUCUCAAAUUCACUGCAUGGACUAUCGCGACAUGCCUAAGGCCAAAUACGACAAGAUUACUUGCCUGGAGAUGGCCGAGCAUGUCGGCAUUUUCAAGAUUACUAACUUUCUUCGACAGUGUCGCGAUAUGCUGGAGGAUGACGGCGUCAUGCAUCUCCAGAUCGCAGGCAUCCGACAAGCUUGGCAGUAUGAGGAUCUGGUUUGGGGCUUGUUCAUGAACAAAUAUGUUUUCCCGGGCGCAGACGCAUCUACGCCACUUGCGUAUUAUGUCGGCUUUUGCGAAAGGGCUGGCUGGGAAGUCAAAAGCGUGGACACCAUUGGCGUUCACUACUCGGCCACAAUUUGGCGUUGGUACCGGAACUGGCUGGCGAACGAAGCCGACGUCACGGCCAAGUAUGGACUGAGAUUGUUCAAGAUCUGGAAAUAUUUCCUCGCAUCAGCCACCAUCUCCUCCCGUCAAGGCUCUGCGACCUGCUACCAGAUCACUCUGGUCAAGAACAUCAACAGCGUUCACCGCAUCGACGGAGUUGCGACGCAAUUUGCACUCUCAACUGCCCUUGAGGCAAUGUACCUUGAAGAUAUGUUUUCAGCGAUUUUCUCGGGUGCAAUUCGCCUGUUUUACAACCCACCUUGGUUAUGGCUCUUUUUUGUUCUGGCAGGGCUGUUGCUGGCACAUGGCUAUGUGAUUCAUGUUCGUAACGAAGCCAAAAUCAAACAACGCGGAGGUCGAGCACCCCAAUAUGGAGGUUGGCUUCCAUUAGGCCUGUCAUUCCUUGUUGAUUUCCGCAGCGCCGUGACCAGCGAUGAGACUCUUAAAUUCUGGAACGACACUUUCAUGCGUUUAUGUAAAAGCUAUGAGAGUCCUUACACUGCCGAGGCUACAAUCGCAGGCCAAAGAAUUAUCAUCACGGCGGAUCAAGAAAACGUAAAGGCGAUACUCGCAACACAGUUCGACGAUUUCGGGAAGGGGAAGAAGUUCAGAGACGACUGGGUUGACAUGCUCGGGCACAGUAUCUUCAAUUCAGAUGGUCAGGCCUGGCAUGAAGCCCGAACACGACUUCGGCCAGUCUUUCAUCGUGAGCGCAUCAGUGACCUGGAGUGCUUCGAACGCCAUGUGCAAAAUCUUCUUCCACUACUGGAUACAGACGGUCAAACAGUGGAAAUAAAAGACUUAUUUCUUAGGUUUACUUUGGAUGUCUCGGGCGACUUCACGCUCGGCGUAGGUCUAGAUACACUGAAGAGGCCUUUGAAUAGGUUUGCAGAGAGCUUUGAGCGACUCCGACACUGGAAGAUACAGAGGGAGAGAUCGAAGCCUUUCAAGUUUCUCGUGCCGAGAAGCCGGUAUCAGGCAGAUCUGGACUACAUUGAAUCCUUCAUGGACCCGAUCAUCAUGGAAACGGUCAACCAAAUCAAAGCGGAAGAAGCUGGAGAAACACAUCACAAGAAAGAUCCCGGCUUUAACUUACUUCGUGCGUCCGCCGAGCUUUCCACUAACCGCCGCUUCCUGCGCGACGAACUAAUUACCGCCUUGUUUGCCGGCCGUGAUAAUACAGCCAUGGCAUUCACCUGGAUGCUCUACGAGUUAGCACGGCACCCGGAUGUUGUCAGGGAUCUUCGUCGGGAAAUCGACGCCCAAAUCGGUCUCAACAGUAAACCCGGAUACAAGACUCUGAAGGAUAUGAAAGUACUGUCCAAUAUCGUUAACGAAACACUUCGCCUCUAUCCUCCAGUUCCGCUCAACACUCGCGCUUGCCUGAAGGAUACCUCACUGCCCCGAGGUGGAGGACCACUUGGGAACGAUCCUAUCGGCGUACUCAAAGGAACAGGUAUUAUCUAUUCCAAUCACCUUUUGCAUAUAAAUCCAGAGGCAUAUUCCUCUGUCCCGGAGGGUUUCCCUCCGGCUGAUGAAUGGUGUCCGAAAAGGUGGAAUAAUUGGUUCCCAAAACCAUGGGCAUUUGUACCAUUUCACGGCGGCCCUCGCUUUUGCCUUGGCCAGCAGCUAGUGUUGGUAGAGAUGAGCUAUACUUUGGUCCGACUUUUCCAACGUUUUAGUCGACUCGAGCUGCGGAUGGAUGAAGUUGGGACGGCUGAAAAGCAAGUAAAUCCAUGGCUCAGAAGAACAGGCGAGCCCGAGCUUGUGGAGAGGUACAUGCAGAAUCGACCCCGAAUGGUCACUGAGAUUACAUUAUUUCCUAGGGGAGAAGUGAGGGUGGCGUUCCUCAAGUAG